ACCUAGGGCAUAUGCCACCUCCUCCAGGAAGACUUCCCAGAUUUCUUCAUCCUCGUUCAUCUCUCUCUUAAGCUCUGUAUUCUCCUGGCACUCAAUGGAAUAUUCUGCCUCUUGGAUCUAACACUGCCAUUUGAGGUUUCAUCUCCCUCUUCACCCAAAGUCUUGUUGCUACCUCCCUCCUUCCUCUCUCCCCUUCCUCGAGGAACCACCCUCUAGGUCUCUGACCUAGAAUCUCCAUAACUCUGGGAUCUAGACACAUCGAGAAUUUGUCUCCUGGGGUGAAUGGUGGAGUAACAUGUGAAGGUAGAUUUGGACUGUGGGAGUGCUCAUCCUUCAGUCAUUUGUUUAGUCAACACUUAGUGAACCCCUCCUGGGUGACGGCCUCUGCUGAGUCUGGGGAAUUUAGAGAGAAUGGGACCAACUCCAGCCCCAGGCUGCCCCAGGGCCAAGAGGAAGGGCUGUAUCUUUGUCAAGGGCCUUGGGCUGGGUGCUGGGGACCCUGAGAUAGACUAGGCUCAGCCCUGCUCCUGGCAGAGGCAUAGUUUAGGGGAAAUGCUCUCUCUCCCGCCCUGGCUCACCACCUUUACGUCUCCUGGAUUCACUGUUUUCUCUGGAAGGGUAGGGUGUGGUAGUCCUUUCUGUGCUCUCAAGGCUCCCAGGGCUGGGAUGAUGGAGGCUGAUGCAGCAGGAGAGGGCUUGGGGGUCACGGGGGAAGCCUGGCUUACCAGGGCCGGACUGGGGGAGGUGGGAGCCUGGGUCUGAACUUGGCUCCCAGUGAACCAGCCCUUUCCAGUUUGUUGUGCACCUGGAACUGAACCUGCCUCUCUCUGGGUCACCAUUUCCAAGUCCCUGAAAAUCUAACUGUAGAUUAGUGUUUAGGCCAGUAGAGCAGGCAGGAGGAAGGUGGUGGCUCCCGGCCUUUGGGAGAGGAGGACCGCAUAGCAGGGCCCUCGUCAGCCAGCAGUGAGCAGUGCCUGUGGCCUACAGGGAUACCUGCUAGCCAACACCCAUGCCGACCUGACUUAGCCCACCCACCCUGCCCUGCAUGAUCCCGAACCCCUGUCAGGGAGAUACCAGGCGUUGGGCCAGUCCCAGCCUCCUUCCCCUUGGGCCUUGGCUCCUGAGCUUCCUCAACCCGUUGUUUCCUUCAAGCCCUGCUCCUGCUGCGAGGCCCCUGGGCCCAGUCGAGUAGGGGAGGGGCACUGAUCGAGGAGUCUGGAUGGAUUGAUGAACGCUUCCUGGAGGAAGUGGCAGUUGGGCUGGGCCUGGGACAGUAGGUGGGAAAGUGAGUGUGCUUUGUGGGCUGAGCUCUUCAGAAGGAGGGGCCCAGGCUUGGGAUCAGUCAGACUCCCGGCUCCAGCUCUGCUCUGCCUGUCCCUUGCUGGCUGUAAGACCUGGGCGCUGGGCCGGAGCACUAGCCUCACCGAGAAGGAUCUAAAAGAGGCCAAGGCGAGGAGCCAGCAGAUCGCAGCCCAGCUGACCACCCCUCCCAGCUCCAACUCCCGCGGCGUCCAGCUCUUCAACAGGCGCCGGCAGAGGGUGAACGAGUUCACCUUGGAGAGCCACGGCCAGAGGGGACAGAAGCCCGGCCAGGAGUCCCUCAGGGUGCCCCCCGCCAGCCCCACAGGCCAUGCCCCAGGGCUCAGCCUGAGUCCCACCUCCCUCCCUGAACCAGGCCCUCCGAGAAACCCCGCCUGCCAGAGCGCUGACACAGGGGUCCCUGGUCACAGCAUGGAGGGCUCCUCAGAGGAAGCCAACUUGCUGCGGCACCUGGAGAAGGUGGCCAGUGAGGAAGAGGAGGUACCACUGGUGGUUUAUUUAAAGGAGAACGCGGCCCUGCUGACGGCCAAUGGGCUCCACCUGUCCCAGAACCGAGAAGCCCAGCAGACACCCCCAACUCCACCUCCGGCGGAGGUCCACAGCCCAGCCACAGAUGCCAGCCAAAACCCUCCCUCACCCGGCGCCACGCUCAUCACGCCAGCUUCCAACAGCAACCACAACCUGCCAGCCACAGAUGUCGAGCAGAACCCACCGGCAACUGUCACCCCGCAGAGCCUGCCACUGUCCAGCGUCCAGCAGAAUUCCUCACAGGCACAGCUCCCGCCGAAGGGUGCGGUGCCAGAUUUCAAACCCAGCACCCCGUGUGCUGGUGGGCAACCCCAGGAGCCAGCCGCGGAGGUGAGAUCCAGCACACUGCUAAUUGACAAGGUAUCGGCUCCACCUACCACCACCAGCACCUUCUCCAGAGAAGUGACUCCCAUCUCCAGCUCCAGGUCCCCAGCCCCAGAUUUCGUGUCCAGCUCCCUGCUCAUUGACAUCCAGCUUGGUGCCCCAGUGGCAUCCACAGAACAAGAGAUGUCCGGGCAGGCAGCUGCCACCACGCCCACCAAACUGUACAGCGAGGUCCACCUCACGCUGGCCAAGCCCCCAUCUGUGGUCAACAGGACGGCCAGGCCCUUUGGGAUUCAGGCACCGGGCGGCAUGAGCCAGAUGGAACGAAGCCCCAUGGUAGAGAGACGACAUCUUGGAGAGAAGGGCCCCGCUCCCCGGCCCCCCAGCGUGGCAGACAGGAGCCCUCGGCCACAGAGACACAUCAUGUCCCAUAGCCCCAUGCUGGAGAGGAGGCCCGUGGCACAGCGAAGCCCCGCCUUGGAGAGACGCCCCUUGGGGAACUUCACCCCGCCCCCAACCUAUGCCGAGACCUUGUCCACAGCCCCCCUGACUUCCCGGGUUAGGUCUCCCCCCUCUUACUCUGCCCUGUACCCCAGCUCCGACCCCAAGCCUUCUCAUCUAAAGGGCCAGGCGGUUCCUGCCAGCAAGACGGGCAUUUUGGAGGAGUCGAUGGCCCGCAGGGGCAGCCGGAAAUCCAUGUUCACCUUCGUGGAGAAGCCCAAGGUGACCCCGAAUCCGGACCUGCUGGAUCUGGUACAGACAGCGGACGAGAAGCGGAGGCAGAGGGACCAGGGGGAGAUGGGCGUGGAGGAGGAGCCCUUUGCGCUGGGGGCCGAGGCCUCCAACUUCCAGCAGGAGCCCGCACCCCGGGACAGGGCCAGCCCCGCAGGUGCCGAGGAGAUUGUCCCCGAGUGGGCCUCAUGCCUCAAGUCACCGCGUAUCCAGGCCAAGCCUAAGCCCAAACCCAACCAGAACCUCUCCGAGGCCUCUGGGAAGGGGGCCGAGCUCUACGCCCGCCGCCAGUCCCGCAUGGAGAAGUACGUCAUCGAGUCUUCGGGCCACGCGGAACGGGCCCGCUGCCCUUCACCCACCAUGUCCCUGCCUUCGUGCUGGAAGUACCCCACCCACGCGCCCGGCGGCUUCCGAGUGGCGUCCCGAAGCCCCGCUCGAACCCCGCCUGCCUCCCUCUAUCACGGCUACCUGCCUGAGAACGGGGUCCUGCGCCCGGAGCCCUCCAGGCAGCCACCCUGCCAGCUGCGGCCCUCGCUCUUUGUCCUCUCACCCAUCAAGGAACCUGCCAAGUCCUCGCCCACAGCCGCCUCGCCUGCCAAGCCGAGCUCCCUGGACCUGGCGCCCAGCCUGCCCAAGGCGGCCCUCCCACCGUCGCCUGCCCUGCCUCGGCCCUCCCGCUCCUCCCCCGGCCAGGAUGGCCUCCAGCCCACUGCCCUGAGCCCUACCUACAGCAGUGAUGUCUCGCCCGUGUCUCCCUCCAGGGCGUGGUCUCCCCGAGCCAAGCAAGCUCCCAGGCCCUCCUUCUCCACCCGGAAUGCCGGGAUCGAGGCUCAGGACCGCCGAGAGAGCCUGCCCACCUCCCCGCCCUGGACGCCGGGCGCGUCCCGGCCCCCCAGCAGCCUGGACGGCUGGGUGAGCCCGGGGCCGUGGGAGCCGGGCCGCGGGAGCAGCUUGAGCAGCCCCCCGCCGCUGCCGCCGCCGCCGCCGCCACCGCCGCCGCCGCCCAUGUCCCCCUCGUGGAGCGAGCGCUCCGUAUCCCCUCUGCGACAUGAGACUGAGGCGCGGCCCCCCAGCCGCCAGCUGCAGGCGCUCCUGGCGCGAAACAUCAUCAACGCGGCCCGGCGCAAGAGCGCCUCCCCGCGGCCGGCGGGCGCUGAGAGCCUUCGGCCCUUCUCCCCGCCGAGAGCGCUGCCACCGCCGCCACCGCCGCCGCGCAUGCGCUCGCCCCUGCCGUCCCGACCCGGCCAGGCCGCGGACCCCGGGACAACGUUCGCUCCCAUCCCCCGGAGCCCACUGCCCGCCGGGCCCUCGCCCUGCGCUAGUCCCCGGAGCCCGCUGCCCGCGCGACCCAGGCCCUUCCCCUACCGCCGCUCGCCCACGGACUCCGAUGUGUCCCUCGACUCCGAGGACUCUGGGGCUAAGUCGCCCGGCAUCCUCGGCUACAACAUCUGUCCCCGCGGAUGGAACGGCAGCCUGAGGCUCAAGCGUGGCAACCUACCCACGGAGGCCUCCUGCACCACCUAAAGGCUUCCCCGCCCACACCCCAUCCCUGCCCCGGGAGAGCCGAGCGAGAAGAAGUGUCGUGGGGCUUGGGAGCUCCCAGCACCAUGUCCCCAAGGGUCUGGCCUCUUUGAUAGCCCCAGAGAUAAGGGGUCAGGGGAGGAGAGCUCUGGGCUUGGAGGUGGGGUGGUGAUCCAAGCUUGGGUUCUAGCCCUUGCUCUGUCAUUCAGUCAUUGUGGGAAAGACCCUUCUUCUGCUCCUCAGCUUUCCCAUCUGUUUAAUAGAGCUUUGGCCAAGGCAAUCUCCAAACUUCUAAAUUACCCCUUCUAUCAGUACACACACACUAGUGCCUUGGAAGAGGCAGGGUGUUGUAUGUAUGGACCCCUAGACUUGCUGCAUUGCAGGGUUCCAUACUCUCCGCCCCCACCCCCCCUUCCUGGCUCUGAUGUCUGGAGUCUGGUAAAUGAGGGGUGUGUUCAGAGGAUCCUACGCCUGAGUUCCUUGUCCAGGCCCUGGCUUGACCAUCUGCCUCCCUGGCACCAAGUCCCAGGCAGGAGCAGCUGUUUUCCAUCCCUUCCCAGACAAGCUCUAUUUUUACCAUGGUGACCUUUAGAGAGGGUCUCCCAGGCCAGCUCAAGGUGCCCUGCUGGCUUCUCUGGAGAGAAGAGGAGGGAAGAUUCCUCCUCUCAGAUCCCUCUCAGGCUUUUCUCCAUCCCAAUUCAGGCUUCCCAGGGUCUCCAGGAAUGAUGCUAUAGGUGUCUCCAACCCAUCUAUCCCUUCCGGGCCCUUUCAUGGCAGGCUCUGGGCUCAAAGCUGAGCCGGGCAGAGAAGAGUUGAUACGGAGCUGUUAUCCUCUGGCUUUACCUGGUAGCCCUGAGUUUGAGGUUGCCCAUCUGGAAAGAGGGAGGCAAAGAGUUCUUUGUUAUGGGUGGUAUACCAGCAGUGGCCAGGAUGCAUAGAGGAGAUUCUAGUAGGGAAUGGACUGGCUCAGAUGACCUCUGGGGGCUCUUCCAGUCCUGAAAUGCAUUCCACAGUAUUAGGAAGGGAGGGAGAGUAGUGCUGGAGGAUUGGCUAGGGAGAUGAGCUUGGGUGGGUGAGUGAGGGGUUAGACCAGAGUCUGCCUGUGUUUCUGGUUCCUUAGGAAGUACUCCACUCUUCAGUUUCAGGCCCCAGCAUCCAUACUGUGCCCAGAUGAUGGGGCCCUGUUCUGCCUCAUCUCUUUCCCAUCACACUCUGGCCUAGCCAGUGUCUGGUGCCCAGUGACCUUGGGGAGCCUGGCUGCAGGCCCUAGCCUGUCCCUUAGGCUAUAGUGACUCUGAUUCCAAUCCCCAGGAGGGACACAGGGAGGAAUGUACCUCGGUCCUAUAGUUUCCAGAGUUGGCUGGUGGUGUCCUCUAGAGGUUCAGAAUAUCAGUUUCAGGAAACUAAGUGUGUGGGGGUGGGGGGGCAGGGGGGCUGGAAUUGGCUGAGGAUCAAAGAUAUGUAUGUAAGUGAAAGGAUACCAGGAUGUUGCUAAAGAUGAGGGACAGAGGGUGAUUUUGGGGUUAGGAGGAGACUUACCCAUCCCUCAGGGUGAUUUAGACCAGGAACCCCUAAUUGAGGCUAGGGCAAGCUGGGGUUAGGAUGGGAGUCAGGGUGAGGGUGGGGUGCUUUGGAAUAAAGGACUGAUCCCAAAGGAUUCCCAGGGCCUAAAGAUUGGGAACAUAGGCCCUGUUGGUAGGAAGAUGAGAGGGUGCUCCAACUUGUCAGUGAUGAGUGAUCACAUUACUGAAGACCCCACCUGCUUCAGGGACCCCUGUAGCAUGGGAGGCUGGGGCUAAGGGCCUCUUUCAGAGAAAAGACACUAUCAGGCCACUAGUUGAUGCAGUGGCAGAGAAAAUCCACUUCUACCUGCAUUUCCCACAAAGAGCCAGCAGGAGGCAGCCUUGGGAAGCUGCAGUUCUGUCUGGCUGUUCUCUCCCUGUAACUGCUUUCUCUCCCAGUCCUCUCCUCUAACCCACUAGAAAUUGCCUGUGUCAUGCCUUUUGCCUCCUGUAGAAUUCAGCUCUGCCUGUCAAUAAAUGCUUCCUGCAUC